GGCAGUCCUGUUCUGAAAAAUAAAUAUAUAUAAUAAGUUCCAUUCAUGUAUCAGUAUCUUCAUUAUCUUGUUAUGAAAUUGUGAACUAGCUAUAUUUUCUCAAUAAGUGCACUAUUUUUUUCAAUAUAGAUAUGUCUCUUGACAGAACACAGAAAUUGGUCUACAAGAAAGUGUCAGAGCUACUCUGUUCACAAACUGAUUUUAGUGAUAAGGACAGAAUAGCAUUUCUCUCAGAUUUUAUGAAGGUUUUUGGCAAGAAUUUUGAAACUGUUCUUCAAACAUACAGUGAACUAAAUCAUCAGAAUAAAGAUUCAAACUUGCCAGUAUCUGACUGUUGUGAAGUGGGCUCGAAGGAAACUGGACAAUCAUCAGAAACUCAGAACUGCCUCACUGAGUCUGUGACAUUCCUUUCUCCUAUUGAUGAUGAACUAGAAGAAGCUGCUGCACUUUACGAAGCGGUCCUCAUAACCACGACCAGACAACGCAGUUCAGCACCAUCCAAGCUGUCCAAGAUACUUGGGAGCACAACACGUCACUCAUCUUUGGCAAUGCAGGAGCAACAUGUGGACUUGCCUCUCUCUUUGCCCAUUGCAUUCACUGGAUCAGGUUUGCAGGAAGGAAAACAAGGGAGGGAAAUCGAAGAAAUGCUAAGAAAAUCCUGCUCAGCCACGAGUGAAGUAGCACUUUCUGUCCAAGCUGACGCCGAGAGACUCAGUAAUAUCUCAAUAGCCUUAGAAAUUAUUUCGGAAAACGCCAAUCAUCCUACUUAUAAAUUAACCAAAUAAAAUAAACAAUAAAUAAAUAACCCUGCCGUGAUGAAGAAGCCUGCACUUGACCAAUAUAUCACGGCGCUCUAGAUAUCAUACCAACCAUCCUUUGUCAACCCUUGUGCCUGAAUGCUCGGACUACUCAGUCCUGGGAUAAAUUUAAAAACAUUCUGUUUGAAAUAAAUGGUAGAUACGUUCCUUAGCUGUUCCUAUUUUCAAAUUGUUGUAUUUGAAUAUGCUCAUUCGAGUCGAAGAUUAUCUCGCGAUUGUGCUGAAUGUAUCAGACACACAACUUUGGGUCUGCUGCCUAUACUUGCAGUAACCAGACCUUCAAAUGCUAACAGCUUGGAUUAACCAGACCUGAUGCUUGGUGACGGUUAUGCACUGAAUUCGAAAAGGUGUUGACGGAGACUUGAUGGUGAAUAUUCGUAAGGGAUUAUGCAUCUGCCCAAGAAAAUCAGUUGUUGCUUUUGCAUAUUUGAACGUUAGUGAUUAGAUUGUAAAUGUUUUUUGUGGAUUGCAGCAUGAUGAUUGCAGGAGAAUAUUUCCACUAGAAUUAUAGUAUUUUUCCUGACCUAUUGAAACUUAGCUGAAAAUGUCUUUGAACCUUUGGUGCCCAAACUUACUCUACAUUUUUUUUUAAAUGUUGAUCUUUUACAAUCAUCGCCUUAUAGUUAUUGUGAUGUAGCUUUUGUAUAUUGUUUGAGAGGAAUUUUGGUAUUAUGUAGAAAUCGUUGUUUCAAAUCUUAACUUGCUAGUGAUCUGAUGUAGAUUUCUUCAUUUUUAUUAGGCUUACGUGUUGAUAGUAAGUACUUUAAUUGGGGAAUUUUGACUGGAUUAUCGUUUAAACUCGCAUACGCUUCCUCAAGUAUAUAAACAAAUCUUUAACUCCUUUCAUGUUCCUACGGUGUUAAGUAAAAAGUGUUGUUUCGUAAACACGUUUCGUGGAAAUUAGUUCAGUACCGCUAUUAGACCUGUUUGACUUGUCGUCCUCAUCUCCUACGUAUUGGUCGCUCUGCCUCAGUGCAUGAAGCCAAGUCUAGGUUAAGGUUCAGUUGUGUAGUCAAGAUACUCAGCACUUCACUUCUCUGUCUCUCGUUCAAGUUCCCGUAGCCCCAUGAAAAUGACCUGUUUAAAUAGCCACGCAUUUUUGUCGUGCGUGUUUUGCCAGCUUUGUCCUCAGGUCGUAUAUAUGAGACUCGCUACGUAAUAUUAGCAAAUUUUGUAUUUCAAGAAAUAUGUCAUGGUUGUGAUCCUGAAAGCUUUUGUUGGUGUUUAUUUUAGGGUAUAUUGUGCGAGAUGAUUCAUAGAUUAUGUUCGGAUGAACUAUAUGUCCAUAAAAUUUCAGGAACUUUUCAUUUUGAAUAGAAUUUUGUAUUCGUGUCUUAGUUUAUCUUGGCUCAUUGAUUCGUCGAUAAUUGCUUAUUCAUUUAAGAAAAAAACAUUUCAACCUAACAAGGUUGACUUCUGUAGGCGCGUUAUGAAAUGGAUACUUGAAUGUAAAUUAUGUAUAAACUUUGUUUUUAUGAGUCGGUUCUUCUGAAGCAACCUCUUUUACGAGUCACGUUUCUGCUGCUGUUAACCUGUCCUAAUUUUGUCUAGCUCAGAUGCUGGUGCUGCUUCUUAUUUCUCAGCUUCUAUGUAUUGGCGAAUAAAUUGGUGAUCGAAAAA